AUGGAAGGCUAUCACGGAGACGUUCAGCGCUGGUACGAAGAGAACUUCACAGAAGAAGACUACGACCUCGACCCGGUCGACCUGAGUGAACUUGGUCGACGACAGGAGUCUACAGAAUCAAGCCAGCUUGAUCAGGAUAGCCCAUCAGCCUCCGGCCUGUCGGCAACGACUGAUGCUGACGAGAGCAUGGGAAAUGAAGAAGCCGAAAGUUCUGCUUCCAAUCAAAGCACCGCGAGUCGAGAGUUCUCGGACGAGGAAGAGGAGGGCAGCGACGACCUCCCGUCGGACAUCGACUGGGGUGAGAUCUGGCAGCUCCCCCGGGAUGCCUUCGGGCUCCCUAUCGGCCGGGAUGGCCGCCCCACCAUCCCUGAGCCCGCCCCCUUUGGGGCUCGUCGCACCGCCCGCCGCGCCCGCCGCGCGCUGCGCGCUCUCCCCGGCCGUGAUGGGGUACUGGAUGGGGAGGAAGAAUUGGAUUAG